GGCAUCACAGAGUUUGUUUCGGACCGCCAGCACAGUGGCUGCCCGGUCCAAACUCCGGGCGUAGCGACACCGCCUCACCGAGAUUACGCCACGUUUCAUGCUGAGGCUUGUACGCUGGGCCUAUGGAUCUUUUGAGGGGCAGACUAAGCUGCAGGUGCCAUUACAUCCGAGAUCGGGUUGGGAUGGAUUAAAUGCCGCGUUUCCUCCAAGUACUAAUACUACCAUGUCCACAGACACUUGACGUUUCUCGUUCAAUUCACUCCAACCUACCCACACUUGCAUUUGCACUCUCCUCCUCUUACCACACACACCCACAUUCACACAAUGGGUUUCCUUAGUGAAUUGAUGUCAGAAUUCAAGGGCUCCAAGAGCGGCGGCAGCGAGCAGCAACAACAAUCAGGAUAUUCCGGAUAUCCCCCACAAGAACAGUAUGGUGGCUACCAGCAACAACAGGGUUACCCACCACAGCAACAGGGCUACUCGCCACCACAGCAUUCUUCCGGACCACCACCAGUUUCCCCUCCAUGGUACGCAGAGUGGGAUGGACGGGAGAACCGCUGGAUCUUUGUGAACCAGCAAAACGGUGAACGCACAUACAACUACCCUGGCCCUGGCUUCGCACAACAGCAAGGCAGCUACGGUGCCCCACCACCACAAGGCGGAUAUGGCUAUGGCCAGGGCGGCUACAGCAAUCAGGGUGCAUACAACCAGAGCGCAUACGACCCUACACGUGGCUCUGAGCCAGAGGAGAAGAAGAGCGGAGGCAAUGGCUGGAAGUACGCUGCAGCGGGUGCCGCUGGACUUGCAGGUGGAGCCCUACUAAUGCACGAAAGCGAUAAAAUUGGCGAAACAAUGGACGAAGCCAAAGAGGGUAUCGAAAACGCCCCCGAAAACGUCGCGCACUGGACCGGCGAACAAGCCGGCCGCGUCGAGAACUUCGGCGACGACGUCGAACAGAAAUGGGACGAUGGCGUUCAGAACAUUGAGGAUUUCCCUGAAAACGCAGCCAGGUGGACGGGCGACAAGGUCCAGGCGAUCGAGGAUAUCCCAGAGAAUAUCGAGAACAAGUGGGAUAAUAUGGUUGAUGGUGUGGAGGAGUUUGGGGAUAACAUGGGGGAUGCGUAUGAUGAGGGAAAGGAGGAGCGGAGGUAUGAGGAUGAUGAUUAUUAGAUGGGAAUGAAGGAUUAAAGAAGUUAUGGAAAUGGGGUCAUAUACCAUCAACACUAUAUUUCGACUAUUUCUAUGAAUGACUUGAUUGCAUUUUUAUUCAUUAUGAGAAUUCACUGAGCGAUUGAACUGCUGUUGACAGAUUGGACUAGGAAAACAAAUGGGAAAAUGCGAUGAUGCUGUUGACGAGA